CUCCUACUUUGUUGCAUAGUCCUGGUCGUCAGCGGAAACCUGCUGAUGUCCUGGAUGGACCUCGCUGCGAAGGGAUCGAAGGGAUGGACGGGGACGUUGGAAAACUCUCUCACUCAAUCGAAGGCUGCCGGACAGCCUUCUCAACAGAUCAAGCUGGCAGCUUUGUUGAUCGUGGGCCAUGCCAGAUCACUUCCCUGGAUGAUGGUUUGUGAGAAUAUCAAGAUGAGGUUAGUCGACGCUUUGCUCAAGGAUCAGGACCAGCCUCCGCAGUGGAAAGUGGAGGUUGGUGGAGGGUUGCCGCAUCGGUACGUCAAGCAGAUGAUGCAACCAUGCAUUGAACUUCUGAAUCCCGUCUACGUCAACUUCAUGCCAGCUGUCUAUCCGCAACCCGGGAACUGCUCCAUGCGUUCCGCGCGCAGCUUCUCGCAAUGUCGUCGUUUGGACGUGGCCUUAGACUACGUCUUGGACAGCUUUCAGCUGGAGCAUGGACGCUUUUAUGAGGCUUUCAUCAAGGUGAGACCCGAUGCGAUUUACUUGAAGGAUGUGCCGCCCAUGUGGAGCUUUAACCUUUCCAGAGUGGCAAUGUCAGCAGGAGGGUAUGGACUGCAACUUGCUUCGAAGGACUGUCGCGUCGCAGGCUUGCGAUGUACCUCCUGUCAUGUAGUGCCCGUGGCCAAGGACCACUGUGACCUCGCAGUUUUGGACAAAGUCUACUUUGAUGGACGCGUUCAUACGGUUCUGGCCCGGAUCAUGAAUCGAUCCGAGAGCAGUUUCAACCGCAGUUUCACCCAGCAGUUUUUGCAUUUGGAUUGCGACCGCUGGACAGAGCUGAUCCGCAAACGCGCGCCGGCGGAGUACCGUGUGGGCUCCGGCCUCUGCGGGGCGGAAGCGGAACGCUUUCGGAACGCAGAGCCACCGAGGGAUACCGAGGGCACCGAUGAUGGCGGAAGAAAAUGGUGGCUGGACUCCAGUGGCUGUCGUCAUCCACAUCUCAUCCCCGGCGACAAACAGCUGGCGGUGAACAGGCGCAUCCCACCCGUGGAGCUGGACAAAAGCCUCUACCAGCCGUACUCGCCUUGGCACAUCGACCGAAGUCAAGGUGAUGAAGACGGCUGGCAGUACGGCAUCGCUUGGAACACCUCGACCUGGGUGGCCGUGCCCGGGCCCUUCGACAUGUUCCGGAAAAGGCCGGGCUGGUGA